AUGAAGAGAGCUGUACUUUUGAAUGGUCUGUCGGAAGAGACGUUCAAACUAUUGGAUGAUCUGGUGUUACCAGAAAAAGCUGAAACGACUGCUUAUGAAGAUCUUAUCAAGCAACUGGAUGGAUAUUUCAGCCAAGAAAAACUAGUGCUAGCAGAAAGAUUCAAUUUUUAUUCGGCAAAGAAAGGGAAAACUGAAUCAUAUUCAGAAUAUUUAGCAAGACUCAAUAAGGGCUUGGCAGUUUAUUGUGAAUUUGGCCCGUUUCUGAAAAGAGUUCUUAGAGACAAAUUUAUUACGGGUUUGGAGGCUGGGCCUGUAUUAGAUAAAUUACUUCAAGAAAAAGUGGAUGUUACAGUAGAGAAAGCUCUGCAAAUUGCUCAUCUGUCGUGA